GAGAGGGAGGGAGGAAGAAAGAGAGGGAGGCGUGUCAUGUGAUCCGCUUCCCUGCUCCUUUAAGCGUCCACUGGCUGCCGAGCGGCCGCAGUCUCAGCUCUGGGCAUCUGGGGAACCCGAGCAGCUUCGCCCAGGGAUCCGCGCGGGCGCCUGCAGUCUGGGUCCCAUCUCGGCUGUGCUAUCGCACCCUCGAAGUUUUGCAGCACUAGGAAAAUAGGACAAGGAAGAAGGAGAGGGGAAGCGAAAGCAUAACCUAAAACAUUUAUUUAAAGGAGAAAAGAAGUGUGUGUGUGGGGGGGGGCUCAGAAAUGGCUGGGGCAAUUAUAGAAAACAUGAGCACCAAGAAGCUCUGCAUUGUUGGAGGAAUUCUGCUGGUUUUUCAAAUCGUUGCCUUUCUGGUGGGAGGCUUGAUCGCUCCAGCACCCACGACAGCAGUGCCCUACAUGUCAAUAAAAUGUGUGGAUGUCCGUAAGAACCACCAUAAGACAAGAUGGCUGGUGCCUUGGGGACCCAACAAGUGUGACAAGAUCCGAGACAUCGAGGAAGCAAUUCCAAGGGAAAUUGAAGCCAAUGACAUUGUGUUUUCUGUGCACAUUCCCCUCCCUUCUAUGGAAAUGAGCCCAUGGUUCCAGUUUAUGCUGUUUAUCCUACAGCUUGACAUUGCUUUCAAGCUGAACAACCAAAUCAGAGAAAAUGCAGAAGUUUCCAUGGAUGUUUCCCUGGGUUACCGUGAUGAUAUGUUUUCUGAAUGGACUGAAAUGGCCCAUGAAAGAGUACCACGUAAACUCAAAUGUACUUUUACAUCCCCCAAGACUCUAGAGCAUGAAGGUCGUUAUUAUGAAUGUGAUGUCCUUCCUUUCAUGGAAAUUGGGUCAGUGGCUCAUAAGUACUACCUUCUAAAUAUCCGGCUACCAGUGAAUGAAAAGAAGAAAAUCAAUGUUGGGAUUGGGGAGAUAAAGGAUAUUCGGUUGGUGGGAAUCCAUCAAAAUGGAGGUUUCACUAAGGUGUGGUUUGCUAUGAAGACCUUCCUCACACCCAGCAUCUUCAUCAUUAUGGUGUGGUAUUGGAGGAGGAUCACUAUGAUGUCAAGACCCCCAGUGCUCCUGGAAAAAGUCAUCUUUGCCCUUGGGAUUUCCAUGACCUUUAUCAAUAUCCCUGUGGAAUGGUUUUCCAUCGGAUUUGAUUGGACCUGGAUGCUGUUAUUUGGUGACAUCCGACAGGGCAUCUUCUAUGCAAUGCUUCUUUCCUUCUGGAUCAUCUUCUGUGGCGAGCACAUGAUGGAUCAGCAUGAGCGGAAUCACAUUGCAGGGUAUUGGAAGCAAGUUGGACCAAUUGCUGUUGGCUCCUUCUGCCUCUUCAUAUUUGACAUGUGUGAGAGAGGAGUACAACUUACAAAUCCUUUCUACAGUAUCUGGACUACAGAUGUUGGAACAGAACUGGCUAUGGCUUUCAUCAUUGUAGCAGGGAUCUGCCUCUGCCUCUAUUUUCUGUUUCUGUGCUUCAUGGUAUUUCAGGUUUUUCGAAACAUCAGUGGGAAGCAGUCUAGUCUCCCAGCCAUGAGCAAAGUCCGGAGGCUGCAUUAUGAGGGUCUGAUUUUCAGGUUCAAGUUCCUCAUGCUUAUCACUUUGGCCUGUGCUGCCAUGACUGUUAUCUUCUUCAUCGUUAGUCAGGUGACAGAAGGCCAUUGGAAAUGGGGUGGUGUCACAGUUCAAGUGAACAGCGCUUUCUUCACUGGCAUCUAUGGAAUGUGGAACCUGUAUGUCUUUGCUUUGAUGUUCUUGUAUGCACCAUCCCAUAAGAACUAUGGGGAAGACCAGUCUAAUGGUGACCUGGGUAUUCACAGCGGGGAAGAACUGCAGCUCACCACCACAAUCACCCAUGUGGAUGGACCAACUGAGAUCUACAAGUUGACCCGUAAAGAAGCACAGGAAUAGGAUGCUACAGUACUACACUCGGCUGAAAUUGUCUCUCUAUCCAGCCCCUUCCCUAGAGUGGGAAGCCUACUAUACAGAGCUUAGUGAAAAGUGACUGCCUAGUGCCCCUUAGGUAUGUUUUCUUAGACCAGUGGAUGGACAUUUGUCAGAUAAUUUCCUACAGUGGCUUUUACAAGACUGCCACUAAUAUAUCAUGUAUGAUAACAAAAACUGGUAUGACACAUUUUCUGUGAUCAUUGUUAAUUAGCGACAUAGCAACAUCUGUAGCAGGUGGGUUAAUAACCCUCACAUGGAGGGGUAUACUCCUUGGGAUGGUUUUGGCCAAUGGGGUCUAUAUUGAGUAGAUUAUGACUUUUUUUCCUGUUUUAGAUUCUGGGAUAUGUUUAAACAUUGUUUGUAGUCCAACAUUUGUUUAUGUCAUAGCCUUUUCACCCUCCUCCAUGGGCACUUUCUUUUUCCUAUUUAUAUCACCAAGUAGCCAACUGGGUUAUUAUUUAAGUUGUCAGUGUAAAUCUGUCCAUUUUUAAGUGGCUUAAUACAAAAUAACCAAAUUUCAUAAGAAAUUCUAUCCUGCCAGAGAUAUUUCAGCUUUGAAACCAAAUCUGUGUAUCUGAUACUAAUAUGUCUGCUAGAUGUGGAUUGCUCAAAUACCCAAGUAGAAGUUCUGCUAUUAAAUGGCCUUUGGGUCCUAAAAGCUUUUUUUUUUUAACUUCUUGCUUAAAAUGUGUUUUCUUUUGAUAAGAUGCUUCAAACAACCUCCAAAACUGUAAAUCCAAUCAUUUGAAUAAAAUGAUUGUAAAUAUGCUCUCCUUGCUGCCCCAGCCAUGCUCAGGCAUGCAGAUUUGAGCUUGCCUCGAUCAUGGAGUGGCUUGGUGCUGGCAGAAGUAGACUAUCUAUUCCUGGAGGUGAAGCAAUACCUUUUAUAGCAGGUAUAAGCCUUUCUAAGCCAGCAAGGAAUAUGUGAGGUAUCAGAUGCUAUAGACCCUCAUGCAUACAGAUUUCAUUUCCACACCCGCCAAUAACCUGUGAGAUUUUUGUUUGUUUAUGUUUUUUAAUGCUAAAGAAGCUAUAUAGCAUAGGAGAUAGAACACUGGAUCCUGAAUUUAGAAGGUAGUUUCCUAUCAAAGGUCUGUUAUGCACUAGUCGGAUGACCUUGUUCAAGCUGUCUGACAUGGCUAUUUUCUCACCUAGAAACUCGCAUUCAUAAAAUGUCACUGUGUGCAGCGUCAACAGUGAAAAAUAAUUAGUGUACAUGGGAAUGCUUCAUCAGUUAUACAUUCACAUAAAUAGAUUCCCUUUGCAGUCUAAUAACAAUUUUAUGAGAGUGUUAUUUUGAGAUACUGCUGACUGAAAUUAAGUUUGUUGUAUAUUCUUAAAUUCACCUACCUGGAAAAUCCCACCCUUUUUCCUAACUUUGGCAAUGACAAACAGUGACAGAGAAAACACUUAGAUCCUGGCUAUUGUUUUUAAUGCCCUUUGCUAAUCUGGUAAAUAUUGAAUAGGUAUGUGAUUCAUUGUACCCAACAUUUACUUACUGAUCCUACACCCAAGUAUAAAGAAUCAAGUGUAGCUUGUUCUUAUGUUUCUAGCAGGGAAGAUAAACUUCAAGCACUAUAGUGAUCUCCCCUUCUUGAAGAUGGAGUGAGGUGUCUCUAUUCUUUGGAAUGGGAUAAGAGCAUUAAAGAAGUAUUACUUUUCCCAGGGCCAAAGAAUAGAGGGUAAAAUAUUAGAAAAGCCAUAGAAGUAAUAUAAUAUUGAUAAGGUUUGAGUAAGGUUGGGUGUCUAGCCUAGAUGGUGUGUAGAAAGGCACAAGAUGAGCCUUGUGCCCUUUGAGCCAGAAUACAUAUGAUUUUCAAUGUCAUAGUAAGAAUUAUCAGACUGCUGCAAGUUUUAGACAGAAAUAAUGUGGUUAGAAUCACCUCUGAAACAAGGGAAGGCUUGAUGGACCCAGCAAUGAGAUCACAGGCCAGAGCCAGGCAGUAGCAGAGGAUGUGAGAAGGGAGGAUUAUUUUGGAGAUAAAACAGAGCAGACAUGGUUUGAGUGUUCUGAAUGCGAGCUUCAUAGAGAAGUAUUGAACAGAGUCAAAUUUCAGGCCCUUGCUAAACAGGGGACUAGUACAAGUAGAGAUUCCUGGGUGAGAGAUGUCAGUGUUUCCAUAAAUAGUAGAAUCCAAGUUUGCCGCAAAUAGGACAUUCCUAGAAUAAUUAAUGGGUCUCUGGAAAAGUUGCAUUAACCAAAAAAGAAUGGGCUUGGGGAGAGCUCUAAUGGAGCUCAGCUUUAGGAAAUCAUGUUUUCCCCUAGAGCAGUUUUAUUUACAAGCCCUGAACUUUAGUCUCUCUCAUUAAAACCAUAGAGAGUAUGUCUUAGUGCCAUUCAAAUUAUACAGGGAGUCGGGUCAAACAGCUUGACAUUGUGAUAGGUUAAAAGGGGAGAAGUUGGGCAGAGAAGCAGAGCAGAGUUGAUUGAUGGACAUGCUGAGCAGCGAGGAGGAAGAUCGUUGCUCUGAUUGGAGUCAGAAGGAAGGCACUAAUCUGAGACCAGCCAUUAAGGAAAGACAUUUAUAAGAUGAAACAAAACCCAAAAAAUGUCAGUGACUAGGAUCUAGAAACAAGUUGUGGAUUUAGCUCUGAAGGACUGAAAAGAUACUUUCAGUGCAUAUGGUCGAGAAAUACCAGGUAGACAGUGAAGGAGAAAAUUGAAAUCAAAAGGAGAAAGUAUGUAGUCCUGGGAGGGUCACCAAGAAAGCUACAGUUCUAAGGGUGAAGAUGAAGCCUAGCCAGCUCCAGUCAGUAGAAAGUAUCCUGGAAACUCCUCAAAAAGUGAAAAAAGACUGUUAGAGACAAUCAAAUCAGGAAAAAAAAAUAUAGUCAUGUGUACCAGUUUACAUACACAUCACUAUAAAAAUAGUUUUAUAUGACUUCAAGGAUAUUUCACAAAAGUAUAAAAGAUUACCAUUAUCUAUAAAAUAAGAUUCACCAAUAUGUUCAACAAAUAAGUAGAAAAUAAAAUCACUUCCAUUUGGCUCUUGGGGUUUUGUAUGUAUGUUAUACUUACCUUUUCCCCUCUGGGGAAGGGACUGUGCAUCAAAAUGAAGUAGUGGUUCUGUGCAUGACCCUUGUGUAGUUUAACCAUCCCUCAGAACUGAUGAAAUUCACUCUAACAAUUCUAGUGCCUGAGUUCAGGCCAUACGGAGCUUGUACACAGGAUUCUGGAAACAAAGCUUCCUGUGUCACCUACAGAGUGAAGUAUGUAACUGUCUUUGGGCUCCCCACUCUAGUCACUUACUCCUGCCUGGUAAUCACUGGGGCUAACAGGAAGUAGGAGGUUUUUUUUCCCAUGGGUAAUAGAUGAAUGCAUAGAAAUGGAUACCUUUUAAAGAGAUCAUGUACACGGCUACCUCAGGAGUAGCUAUUUUAAGAUAGGAUUUUGGUCAGGGAAUGGUGAGUAAGAGUGAGUGAGCACAUUUCACUGAUCCUGCUCUCACUCUGAAUGAAUAGACCUGUGUUCUCCAUUACUGCCUUCUUGAUUUAGGUUGACUUUUUUUCCAGCAGACAUUUAUCCGAUGAGGUCAAGCUGCCUGUGCAUGCUGACUGUCAUGAAUAUACUUGUACCUUUAUCCAUCAGGAUCAUUUUUAUCCUGACAUGUUUACAAAAACAUUUCUGACUUCUAUAAGUUUGUGUUUGUCAUAUAUUAGUUACUUUUCUGUUGCUGUCAUAAAACACCACAACAAAUACAAUUUAUGGAAGGAAAGUUUAGUUUGGGUUUCCUGUUCAUGAUGGGGAGGCAUGUCAGAAAUCUGCAGGCAUGGCAGCAGGAACAAAAAAUGAGAGCUCACAUCUCAAAACAAGCACAAAGUAGAGAGAGAAAUAGGGUGAGAUUUUAAGCUCUAACAGCUGACCCUCAGUGACAUACUAACUCCAACAAGGCUGCACCUCCUAAUUCUCCCCCAAGUUUAUCCAGCAACUGUAUUUAAAUAUCAUUUCUCAUUUAAACCACUACACCUCAUGUCUUCUGAGAACUGAUUGAUUUGUUAUAUAAGGAUUUCUUGGUUUGUGACUACAUCAAUAGCCCUUUUUCUGCUGAAAUCAGAGGGGUCGUCCAGAAAUGUUUAAACUAUUUUGUGUAAAGAGUUUCCUCUUUUCUCACUACUGCAUUUAGAUCUUAGAGUUAGGACUGUCCCUCGGUGUUUGUAGCAUGUUUCUUUUCUGACUUUUCAUUUUCUACUGACACCUCCUUCCCAUCUCUCCAUGUGCAAUCCUGUAGACAGUUUCCAGAUAGUUUCACCAUUACUGGUUAUUAACUUCAGUUUUGUUUCUCAUUCUUCCAAAAUAGUACAUUAAGAAUGAAAUAGUAUUCUGACUGGAACAGAUUAAUGUGAAAAUGAUACUUUCUGUACUAAGGACCAAUGGCAAACAUUUUUAUUUGUUUCUCAUGACUUGUGACCACAUCACCACUAACACACUUAGAGAUUUAAAUAUUGUUAAUGCUAUGUACUCAGCAAUAUUUUUCAUCCUUACUUCAUGUCUAUAAGACAUUAUCUCAUAUUCAGCCCAUUACUCACAGGAAUUCUACUGUUUAGCCUCUUAAAUAAGUGCUACAUAUGAGCUACCACACCUGAGUCAUAUUUUUUUAAUCUUAAUUUUAAGAAUUUACAUCUGACCCUUUACUUUCUCACACACAAAUUCAGUGAAUGGAGUGUAUCUUUAGCUUUUAAAUUAUUUUUGCUUAUAAUUUGUUUAAUUUCUUUCCAAGUACAACAUGCUUUCAAUUGUAAUAUAUACACAUAUAUGAAUAUAUUCUUAUUCAGGACCAGAAAGCCUUCCUUUUCCCUAUACCUUUGCUACGUCUGGCUCUAUCCUGUACAAACAUAUAUAACACAUAAAGAAAAAAGUAUAACAGGGACUAGAGAGAUGGCUCAGUCAUUGUGAGCUCUCAGUGUUCUUUCAGAGGACCCAAGAUCAGUUAUUAGCACCCAUGUUUGAUAUCUCACAACUGCAUAUAACUCUAGCACUAAGAGAUCCAAUGCAUUCACCUACAUUCACCAACAUCUCCAUUCACAUGUACACACUUCACUCUCCAUUCACAAAAUUAAAAUUUAAAAAUAAAAUUUUUAAAAGAAUGCCACCACAGUAGAUUGUGUGGUAAUAUGUACUUUAUUAUUUUUUAAUUUUCCUCUAAUGACACAUGCUUGUAGUUAGUGGUCAUAUUUCAUGAGCUAUGAUGCUCAGAGUGGUAAAGUGAGGCAUCCAUGGUCAUAUCUAUUGAAGAGACAGGUGGACCUGCAAGGAGUAUGUCAGCAUUUGAAGUAUACUGUCAGUAGAAAGAAUAAAAAAAUCAUUUUGAGGUGCAACACAAAUGGCAUUACUGUGAGAAAAACUCCAGUGUUGGGAACUAACAGACUUUUCUUCACUUCCAUAGACAAAGUAAGUGUCUUCCUCUGCUGGAAAAAAAAAAAUGAAUGGCAGCUAUCUUUGGAAUCUGGGAAAAUUAGUCACUCCUGUAAUUUCUGCUUUUUAGGGAGUUCUGUUCUGAGCUCUGGGCCCUCAGGGCUUUUCCUUUGCAGGCUAACAUGAACUAGGUGAUUGUCCCAAUUCUGAGAGUCAAACAGAAGACCAUGCCAGUGAUGUCCUUUGCCAAUAUUGGGUAUGAUCUAGAUUUUCUAUGUACUAGGUACUUAUUUCAGGCCAGUGGCUUGCAUUUCAUUCAGUUUAGGGAUGGCACCAGCCUCACGGAUGGUGGUGUGAAUGAAUGGCACUUACUGAUUCUGCAGCUUCUGCAGUGACCUUCCCCAGGUGUCUUUUGUUGUCUCUUUUGAAGCAAAAUGUGUCUUGGAAAUUCUUUCCAUCUUGAUGAAUCAAGUUUAGGAUAACCCAGCUAAACAUACUGCUUUUAGGGAUGCUAAGAGGCAGAAGGUGGCUGCAGUGUGACCAAGAUCUGUCUGACACCAUGUCUGGGCACAUAAAGAUGUUGCACAGACAAUACAAGGUACAGGAAACUCCAGAUGGAGAACUUCCUUUAGAUAUAUCUUUUGUAUGUGGAAGGGUUAAAAUAGGAGGCUGUCCUUGAGCUGGGUUUUAGGUUAUUCCUAAAAGAAGAUCUGAGGCAGAGAUUUGGGUGCAAUUUGGGGCUUGGAAGGUGAUAAGGAUACAGAGAAAUGAAGAGCAGAGGAGAAGAGGGAAAAGUGAAGAAUUCUUUUUGAUGGAACCUCUGAGGCACUCAGAACCUGCUACAGCAUCAGACCAUUCUGCAGAGGAAACUUGGAGAGGUAACCAUCCACCCUCUGAUUAGGCCAUGAACUGUUAGCUACUUGGAACUAUGGCCAGCUCUUGGAAUAUUAAGAGGGAUCUGAUGUCCUCAGCUAUAUGUUUUGAUCUUUUCUCAAUAACAAACAAACUGUUAAUUGUAAAACCUUUGCAAAAAUUCACUAAAGGAAAAAAUUGUGAACUUUUCAUAAACAUACCACACAGAGAUAAGUCAUAUUACAAUGUAAAAGCAUAUGCAGGCAAUAUACAAGCCUUUUCAUGCAUAUAUGCAUGUCCAGUAUACAUGCAUUAGAUUGAUUCUAGAUCAUAUUAUGUUUCUUUCCCUUUUCCUAGUUUGUCAAUUCAAGACCUGUCCAUGUUCUAAAAUUUUCUAGCAUGGUUUUAUUGACUUUGUAUUGUAGUUUAUUAGUAAUCUUCUAUGCAUGGAAAUUUAAAUGGUUUGCAGUUUGACUAUUAGAAUGAGUAUUGAAAUGAA